GUCAUGCAGCACCCCUACCAGUGUCUCCAGGCGCUCGAUCGCGUGGGAUCGCAGACUGUUAGCAUACUGCUGGCUGCGAGCGGUCACAACUUGUUUUCUUUCAACCUAGAAAACGGCAGCCUCUUAAAUACAUGGUCCGCCGAGACACCAAGUUCUGCUUCCGCAGCAGAAGACCCUGUACCUGAGGAUGGCGAAGGGCCUCCAGGCAAAAAAAGAAAAAUUGAAAACCAAUCCGGGACCCCGCCCAGUUUUGUUAAACUCGUAAGCUCCGACGAUGGUCGGUAUGUUGUGGCAGUGACCGGGGAAGACAAAUGCGUCCGCGUCUUCUCUGUCGAACCCAACGGCAAGAUCCAGCAGCUUAGUGAAAGAUCCAUGCCCAAGCGUCCUUGUGCGCUUGCCAUCACCCCAGAUGGUCAAACAAUCGUGUGCGGAGAUAAAUUCGGCGAUGUCUAUGCACUGCCUCUCCACUACUCGCCAGAGGAUGUUGCGCAAGUUUCGCCUCAAACGGUAACAACAGGACCAGAGAAGACUUUCGUUCCCUCGGCCACUAACCUAACUGUCCAUACUGGUCGGAAUCGCAAAGCUCUGGAAGCUCAGCUCAAGCUAUCAAAUCAAGCCAAAACCAAGGAGCCUCUCAAGUUCGCACACGAGAUCCUCCUGGGCCAUGUGUCUAUGUUGACAGAUCUUGUACUCGUCACUCUUGAUCAAGAGAACCCAGAGCAGCCGGGUGGCUCUGUUGCAGGUCUCGUGAAGCCCCGCAGGUACAUACUAACCUCUGACCGCGACGAGCACAUCAGAAUCUCGCGCGCCCAACCACAAACUCACAUUAUUGAGGGUUUUUGUCUUGGUCACCAAGAGUUUGUGAGCAAAAUGUGUGUUCCAACGCAAGAAAUACUUAUAUCUGGCGGUGGAGACGAUCAACUGUUUGUUUGGAAUUGGCUGGACAGGCGCUUGCUGAAGAAAAUACCGAUCCGCGAUGCGCUUGCAUCCGUACCUGACACCGGGAGCUUCUCGGGAGAUGGCAAGCGCAGCGUCAGCAUCGCCAUUUCGGGGAUCUGGGCACUGCCGAAAAGCGGUAAAAAGACUCGGAUCGUGGUUGCAUGCGAGGGCAUCCCUGUGCUGCUCGACAUGGAUGUCGGGGAGCUGCAGAGUGCGGGGGAUCAGGUCAAGGUUGAAGCAAUUCCCAUGGCGGGCAAUGUGCUGGACGUGGCGGCAGUAGGGCCGUCGAGCAUGGUGGUGUCGCUGGACAAUGCACACGUCCCCGGAUCCACCAGGGUGCAGCGCGAAGCGGCGGCAGAAGGUCAGCGGCUGGAGUUCUGGCGGCGUACGGCAGAGGGGCAGUGGAGGGCAGAGGCGGGGCAGCUCGAGGCGGCGAACGGGCAGGGCGGAGCGGAAGUGCGGGCAUCGAGCCGCGACACGUUGUACGGCGUGUCGAACCUGCGCAAGCGCGGCGGCGGCGGCGGGAGCGAGGACUAGGGUCACGUGCCGGGCCUGGUCUGGGUCGGGCGCGGCUCGUAAGCAGAGGACCAUUGCGCCAACUUAGAAAUCAAACGCGUGUAUGUAAUGUGUCCGAGAUAAAUACCAUCGGCCUCUUUCUGCCCG